UGACAUGUGGCCUAUGUGUAGGUAGGCUUAGCAGUAGCAAACCUAAGACCAACUUUCCUUGUCUCCUCAUCAAGAGCAGAGCUGAGAGACUCACGUGUGGCUCUGGCAAAACUCUUCAGUACCAGAUAUACACAUUCAUAAAGCAAACCUUUUAACUCUCCGUCAUCCAACAACUUUUUUUAGUAUGGUAGCUGGCACAGUACUGGGACACUACUCAUGUCCAGGUAAGUCAAUAUCCUGGGGUCAGAGACCAGAAUAUCCCAACUGUGGUAGGUAUUGCUCAGUAUCUUUUAUUGGCAUUUUGAAGAUUGAUGGAUAUUUUUUGUUAAAUAAAAUACAUGUGAAUGUAUCCAAAUAUAGGAAAUACAAAAUAAUUUCCGAUAAAUUUUGUAUCACACCUCAGAAUAUGCAAUAUGAAGGGAUAAAACUACUUAGAAGGUCACAGUCCGUGCUCACACUUAUAUUGUGUAAAGGGGGCACCUAUCAAUGUAUGAAGAAAGUUGUUGGUGUUUUCAGGUGGCAAAGAGCAGAUGACUGUUCUUCAAGGAUGUCCGGGGGUCCCAGGUACCCAAGGAGAUAAAGGAGAACGUGGACCACCAGGAGAAAGAGGUUCUCCUGGAAGUCCAGGAAAGGCCGGGCCACCGGGGGUGACAGGUCCUCCGGGAAGUCCAGGAAAGGAUGGGCCACCAGGGAUGAAAGGAGACCGAGGUGCUUCAGGGCUUCAAGGACCAAAAGGAGAUAAGGGAGAUCCAGGCUCUCCGGAAGCUUUGUACACUGCUCGGGACUGUAAAUCUCUGCUGGAGAAAGGUUUUACCCUCAGUGACUGGUACAUUAUAUACCCUGAUGGAAAACAACCGCUAAGAGUCCUAUGUGACAUGCACACCGACGGGGGCGGCUGGAUUGUCUUCCAGAGACGUUACGAUGGUUCUGUUGAUUUCCUACGUGAUUGGGCGUCUUACAAGAUGGGAUUCGGCAGCCGCCUAUCUGAGUUCUGGAUGGGGAAUGAAAACAUCCACAAGAUAACCUCAUCCGGUACAUGGGAGCUGCGCAUUGAUCUCCAGGACUUCGAGACCAAAAACUCCUUUGCUAAAUACAAGUCUUUCAAAGUGAUGGAAGAAAGUGAGAAAUACAAGUUGUUACUUGGAGACUUUAUCGGUGGUGAUGCAGGAGAUUCUAUGACGUAUCAUAAUGGGAUAAAGUUCUCCACCCUGGACCAAGACAAUGACGUUGAUAUUGGAAGCUGUGUGAAUUCACACAAGGGAGGCUGGUGGUAUAAAGCCUGCCACUAUGCCAACCUGAAUGGAUUCUACCAUCCCGGGAAACAUGAAACCUAUGCUGACGGCAUUAACUGGAGAACGGGAAAGGGUUAUAACUAUUCCUACAAGAGAUCGGAGAUGAAAGUCAGACCUGUGGGAUAAAGGAGAGAAGUUCAGUACUCAGGUCAUUCUCGUCUGUCUAGUUGUUUGUGAAGUCCCAGAGUGGGAUCACCUUGUGCUACUACAGACAUUGUUGGGUUGCGGUUCCCUUAAAGGUCCCCAGCUCUAGGACAGGUCUUUGCCUUCAAAUGGUCUUGCUAUGGAAAUGUAAUUUCUGAUGUCUUUGUUUAUAGCAUACACUGUUUUUAAAUGA